AAGUGAAGAGCAUUUUAACUGUGGUAAUGUAAUGUUUGUGAUCACAAAGAUCGAUGUUUGUAUGCAUAUGACUUUUACCUAGAGGUUAAUAAUGUUACCUUGGUGUAUUAUCCUGAGUUUUAUUCACUGAUGAUUUUGCAUCUAUGCAUUCGCUCAUGAAACGUCCAUAUUAGAGACUUUUAAUUUUUAUGACUUUGGAAUUCUAUAAUACUCUUGUUUUCUUUGCUCACCGUAAUAAUGCACAACUAUGUCUUCGGAAAUUGUUUCACUACUCAAGUCUCAUUAUAGUACUUCUUCAAUGGAUGAAUCAGCCGCCUUAGAAUUAGCAAAAAAGAAUGCUUGUCAGUCAGCUGUACGUGAUUGGCUUAAGGAUAAUCAAAUUGUCGGUCUUGGUAGUGGUACAACAAUUAAAUAUGCUGUAGAAUAUAUCGCUGAACAAGUUAAGAAACAGCAUUUACAUAUCCAGUGUAUACCAACUUCUUUUCAAGCCAGACAACUUCUAAUCAGUCACAAACUACCAGUAACAGAUCUUGAAAUGUGUGAACAAAUUGAUGUGACAUUUGAUGGAGCUGAUGAAGUGGAUGAAAAGUUGAAUUUAAUCAAAGGUGGUGGUGGUUGUUUACUACAGGAGAAAAUUGUCGCCUCAUGUACUACUAAUUUUAUUGCUAUUGUAGAUGAACGAAAAUCUUCUAAAACUCUGGGAUCUUACUGGACUAAAGGAUUACCGAUUGAAGUUAUUCCUAUGGCAUACAAACCAGUGCAAACACGAAUAGAGAAAUUAUUUGGUGGACGAGCUAUUCUCCGAGAAGCCGUUUCAAAGAUGGGUCCAGUUGUAACAGAUAAUGGGAAUUUUUUACUCGAUUGGAAAUUCGAUAAAAGUAAACAGUAUCGUUGGCCAGAAGUAGAUAUUGAACUUUUACGUAUACCUGGUAUUGUUGGAACUGGUUUGUUCAUCAAUAUGGCACGACAAGUUUACAUUGGUCAUUUGAAUGGUACUGUUAGUAAAUUAGAAGGAAAACCAUCCAAUUCAUAUACUUUAAAUAAUUCCAAUUGUGAUUGAUCAAUAUUUUGUUGUAUAACGAUUAUUUUACACACACACACACACACACACACACGUAUACGCAUAAGAAUACUUUGAUGUAAAUUUUAUUCUUUCUUUCUUUCUUUCACAAUCACACUCUCAGGGUUUAUUUUUGCAUAUGCCUUUUUGUUGUUGUUAUUGUUUUUUUCUAAAAUAACAGAGAAAUACUUGUUGUUACUUUUUUUUCAUUUGUUUGCUUUCUACUCAUAAAAGUGCUUACAUGUACUCACUUGUUGGUGUUUGUUUCUGUUACAUUGAGAAGGAUCUAAGUGUUCACACAGAGAUGGAUUAACCAGUUUAUUUGUUCAAGUUUUUCUCAUAUAUACAAAUUUUUUGAGUUACUGAAUAAUUGAAAUGUAGAUUUUGUCAGGCAGUGACACAUUAGUUAGAGAAUCAUUUGAGCACUGGAUAGAUAUUUCGUCUUGGUGUGG